AUGACGGACGCACUCGUCGGAGAAAAACGCAACGCCCACGACCCACGUUCCCCGUCACCUGAUUCGACAAUGGAGGAGGGGGUCGAAGAAUUGGGCAAUGCGAAGGAGCCUGGUAGUUCGACUAAAAGAUCUCACGGUCGACCACGUCCCAAACCCGAACGAACCAAAGAUAAGGAAAGCAAGAAAGAUGGACGUCAUAGACGUCGCCAAUUGCCGAACGAAGAGGAUGCAAACAAGGUGGAUGAGGCCACUGGUCAAGAAGAAGGUCCAAAACCCCCUCGGUAUCCCAAACGACAGUGUGCCCUACUCGUUGGAUUUUGUGGGUCAGGUUACAGCGGCAUGCAAAUGUAUGGUCAUACCCGCACCAUCGAAGGCGCGUUGUUCGGCGCGUUAGUCAAAGUAGGGGCCGUCUCUCAGGAUAAUGCUGAUGACCCCGUCAAGGUUGCGCUUGCUCGAGCGGCUCGGACAGAUGCGGGCGUUCAUGCAGCUGGGAAUCUGGUAUCACUCAAGAUGAUAAUUACGGUUCCCGGCAUCAAAGACCUCGUCGCCCGCAUCAACGAAGAACUACCUCCCGAAAUACGUCUUUGGGGCUACGUGCGCACUCAAAACUCCUUCAAUGCGCGCCUAGUUUGUGACAGUCGGAAAUACACAUACUUUUUUCCGACAUAUCUCAUGAUCCCUCCCAAGCCUGGCACGGGCCUGCAUCGUGUCCUACAAUUACCGUCGCAGCCACACAGUUUUUGGGAAGGUGCUAUCUCGGAUUCAUUUCAGGAUGACCUCCGUCGCAAACGAUGCUGGAGAACCGGCCAAGAACAAGUGCAAAAAUUGCGGGAACUCGCGAAAGGCUACGAAGGCACCCAUAACUUUCAUAACUUUACAGUCGGUCGGGAGUUCAAAGAACGAAGCAACCACCGGUUUAUGAAGCAAAUAGAGGUUUCUGAUCCAGUCGUAUACGGGGAUACUGAGUGGAUUAGUGUCAUGUUCCACGGACAAAGCUUCAUGUUGCAUCAGGUUCGUCGCCUAAUGAUGUCGAUGUUGGUUAUGACUUGCCGGACGGAAACAUCCCCGCAGAUCAUUGAUGAGCUUUACGGUCCCAGAAAUGUGUUUGUACCCAAGAUGCCUUCUCUCGGAUUGUUGCUGGAGCAUCCGCUUUUUCACUCCUACAACGGAAGGAUGGCCGUUAUCAACGAAAAACUGCAACCUUCAGAUGCAGAAUACCGGCCGUUAAUCGAUUUCGAACUCCAUCGUGAAAAGAUUGACGCUUUCAAGGAGGAAUAUAUUUACAAAAAUAUGCGUGAGGUGGAGGGCAGGGAUGGACUGUUCGAUGCGUGGAUUAGAGCGGUUGACUCGUACGCAGGCGAUGAUCUGCUGUAUCUCAAUCGUGAAGGGAUUAUUCCAUUGGCGGCCGUAAUUAAGAAAGGGGAAAGACGUGAGAACCCUUUCCGGGAGAAGAAGAUCUUCGAUGCGACCAGCUUUCCUGUUGCUGAUGAGGUGAAGAAACAGCUGGAGGAGCAAGGCGAAGCCGAAGACGAGGAUCUUGUCGUCGACAAGGGGCAACUUGCCGAGAUGGAAGGUUAA